AACACACACACACACACACACACACACAAAGCUAUCUGUGUUGAUCACCUGCUUAUGGAGAAACAAAAAUGCUGCACUUGGUGAUGAUUCUUCUCACCGUAUCAGGUGUUUUUGCUCACAGCAGCAAUUCCAGUGUGAAAUAUCCUGAUAAACCGAUCUGUGCUGUGAGAGGAUUCAGUGUCUCCAUUCACUGUAAUUAUUAUCCACAAGGUCAUCAGGUGAUACAAAAGCUUUGGUGCUCGAUGAACUCAAACAGAGACCAAUGUGUAAAUCCACCGUAUGUUUAUGACAGCUCAUUAAACACCGAGUCAGACUUUGAGUUCACUGGAGACGACAAAUCAGACUGUACUUUAUUAAUCCACAAUGUACAGUUCAGUUAUUCUGGAGUUUACAAAUUCAGAUUUAUUACUGAUGUGGAAAGAUUGACAGGAGAACCUGGAGCGACUCUACAAGUCACAGAUUUAAAGGUGUCACUAAUCAGACUCAGUGGAAACGGAACCCUUAAACAAGGAGACUCCUUAAAUCUGAUGUGUGAUGUGAACUGCACACACACUUCCUCACAGUUUGUGUGGUCUAAGAACAACCAGCGUUUAAAUACAUCAGGACCCGUUCUUCACUUUCCUGCUCUAACUGUGAGGGAUUCUGGGAAUUACACCUGCACUUGGGGAACCGGUAAGACGUCAAGAUCUGAAACCAUCAGCCUUCAGGUGGAGGGUGGUGCAGUGCAGUGGAAGAUCUGGGUCAUUGUCUUAGUUACGGCUGGUGUGAUUUUGAUCUCUUUAGUGACUGGAGCUGUGAUUUACAACAGAAGAUCUGUCGACAUCAAACAGCAGAAGGAGGACGAUUCUAAUAUCUACGCUAACGUACCACGGAAGAAGAGCGCUGGUGUUCGUUUAGCUAAUGUCCAGCAGCAGCAGAGAGAUUUUGCGAUAUAUGCUAAUGUACCAUAACAAUGAACUGAUCACAGUUUCACACCUCGUUAACUUCAUUCAUUUCUACUGUUGGUGAAUUUCAGUGUACAGCUUAUGAACUCGCUCUGUACUGCAUCUGAACAAAUAGCUUUAAUGUCAUUAAACAAUAAAAACUAAACACAAGCAGCAACCUGUGGGGCCCAAGCACUCAGAGAUGCCUGCUUGACCGAUGGUGACCAUUAAAGAUCUACUUAAAGAAAAACAAAAAUAAUAAUCAAAUGAGAAAUUAACUCACUUAAUCACUAUAACUGUCCAUAUCCUGGUGUCUCACACUUACUCUUACAAUCAUCAACUCUGUGAGAGCUUUAUACUUUAUUAGAAUCUUUAUG